UGUUCGUGAGUUCCGAGCCCAAGAGUAAACAUCGAUCUCAGUUGUACCGGUUGUACCGGAUCAGUUUUUCAUAUGACGGUCCGCCUAUUGCAUAGGCUCUACAGUCGCAGAACUAUUGUUAAAUGAAAAUAAUCCAUGGAUUUAAUAAAUAUACAGACACAGAUGAAGGUAGCUUUGGUUACCGUGUGGAUUUACGCUUUUGCUCGGUGCACUGAUCCUGUUGAUGAGCUCGUAACGUGUUUUUGACCUUGAAUCGUAAAAAAAUUGAAAAUGAUCAUCUUCCCAUGAAAUCCAUCAAUGUUGUAGCACAAAACAUUUAAUACAAAAUGCUUUUGUAAAACCUUGAGCAAUGCGCAUGCCGCGCGCAGCACGUGCGAGCAGCAUAAAAAAACAUGUUUGUCAACAAGCCUUCAGAAGUUAUGUUGAAUAACAGUAUAGAUAUCGAUUCCAAACAGUGCUAUGUAUAUAAGUCGAAUUUUCUCAUUUUCAUUUUGAGGAAUAGAAUUUAACAUACCUAAUAAGUAAGUGACCAUGUUCCUAUCACGAUCUGGGGCUGGGGCGCUAAGGCAAUAUUUGAAGGGUCGUUCAAUUCAGGCAAUGCUCAGUUCGGACGCUCUAAAUUCAACAACAUGGGCACCAAAUAGCGUCCGCACUGUCCAGGACCAGUGGCGCUCUCGGUUUGAGCAGGAGAAGAUUCCCGAACCCACUACUUCUAUUACUAACAUUUUAGCCCAUGUGUUAAAACUGGCCUGUCCUGGAGAUGUAGAAAAGCAUCAAAAGCUAGAACUAAGCAAAGAGCAACUAACGCUACUGGCUGAUUUGUGUGAAUGUCGAAUGGCCCGUAUGCCCAUACAGUAUGUCAUCGGGCAAUGGGAUUUUGGUGAACUCACACUGAAGAUGGCACCGCCUGUGUUCAUACCGCGACCGGAAACGGAAGAGCUGGUUGAGCUGAUUCUGCAACAAAUCGAUACUGACAAAGAGUUUAGAUUUCUCGAAAUCGGCUGCGGAACCGGAGCGAUAGCAUUGUCGAUUCUAUCGCAGGUGCCCAAUUCAACAGCCAUAGCAAUAGACCAAAGCAAAUUAGCAUGUGAAUUGACAAAGGAAAAUGCAGAAAAUCUAGGAUUAACCGAAAGGUUACGAAUUUUCAAACACAAACUGGUGGAUAAAAUUCCGGAAGCAAUAGAAAUCGAAACAUUUGAUAUGAUUGUUAGCAAUCCUCCUUACGUCCCAUCCCACCAGUUACUGCAGUUGGAACCGGAAAUCAAAGUAUAUGAAGAUUUACGCGCAUUGGACGGUGGCCCUGAUGGCCUCAAGGUUGUGAAGGCAAUUUUGAAAGCCGCAGCAAAGCAUUUGAAACCAAAGGGUGUGUUGUGGCUUGAGGUCGACUCCUCACAUCCUCCAUUGAUUGCCACAUUUCUGGAGAAAGAAGGUUCGGAACUGAGGCUCAAGUACAUUUCUUCUUACAAGGAUCUUUUCAAAAAUGAAAGAUUCGUUGAAGUGGCAAAGCUAUAAAAUGUUAUUUAUAAAUAAAUUAUUUGUUAAGGACAAAUAUACUUAUUCAAACACUUAAA